CCCCGCCCACAGGCCUCGCAGUCGCCGUGGACGCUGUUCUUGCGCAUGGAGUCGCCAUUUUGGUCCUAGAGAAGCCGCCUGGAGAGCCGGCGCUUUCUUCCUUCGGCAGCCGAGGCUGCGGCGGGGCCGGGGCUGGGGUCGGGGCCAGACGAGCCACUCUGUCCUACACUACGCCAUAAAGCAGGGGUCAGCUGACUUUCUGUAAAGGACCAGUUAAGCAGCAUUUUCAGCUUGAUGGCCAGCAGUCAACUCCAUCAUUGAAUCCAUGGACAGACAGUUGGAGGAAUAUUGUUGUCAGAGAAUAACAGGAGGUUGUCCAUAAUUGACUUUAAGCAGCAAAACAGUAAAACUCUGAGCGCUUCAGCUCCGCCUUUCUUGCUCUGAGAAUUGGAAAACCAAGAAGGUUUUGAUGUUUUGUGUGACGCCACCUGAAUUGGAAACCAAGAUGAACAUAACCAAAGGAGGUCUGGUGUUGUUUUCAGCAAAUUCUAAUUCCUCGUGUAUGGAGCUCUCAAAGAAGAUCGCCGAGCGACUGGGGGUGGAGAUGGGCAAAGUGCAGGUUUACCAGGAGCCUAACAGAGAAACAAGAGUACAGAUUCAAGAAUCUGUGAGGGGCAAGGAUGUUUUCAUCAUCCAGACUGUCUCAAAGGACGUGAACACCACCAUCAUGGAGCUCCUGAUCAUGGUGUACGCCUGUAAGACCUCUUGUGCCAAAAGCAUUAUCGGCGUGAUUCCCUACUUCCCCUACAGCAAACAGUGCAAGAUGAGAAAAAGAGGCUCCAUCGUUUCUAAAUUGCUGGCUUCGAUGAUGUGCAAAGCUGGUCUCACUCAUCUCAUUACUAUGGAUUUACACCAGAAGGAAAUUCAGGGCUUCUUCAAUAUUCCCGUUGAUAAUUUAAGAGCUUCUCCCUUCUUACUGCAGUAUAUUCAAGAAGAGAUCCCGGAUUACAGGAAUGCGGUGAUUGUGGCCAAAUCUCCAGCCUCGGCCAAGAGGGCGCAGUCUUUCGCGGAGCGCCUGCGACUGGGCAUCGCAGUGAUUCACGGAGAAGCGCAGGAUGCCGAGUCCGAUCUGGUGGAUGGACGACACUCCCCGCCCAUGGUCAGGAGCGUGGCUGCCAUCCACCCCAGCCUGGAGAUCCCCAUGCUGAUUCCUAAGGAAAAGCCCCCAAUCACAGUUGUUGGCGAUGUUGGAGGAAGGAUCGCCAUCAUUGUGGAUGACAUCAUCGAUGACGUGGACAGCUUCCUCGCCGCGGCAGAGACCCUGAAGGAAAGGGGCGCAUAUAAGAUCUUUGUGAUGGCGACUCACGGCUUGUUGUCAUCAGAUGCUCCCCGGCUGAUCGAAGAGUCUGCCAUCGACGAGGUGGUGGUCACCAAUACAAUUCCACAUGAAAUCCAGAAGCUCCAAUGCCCCAAAAUUAAAACCGUGGACAUCAGCAUGAUCCUCUCAGAAGCCAUCCGUCGGAUUCACAAUGGGGAGUCCAUGUCCUACCUUUUCAGAAACAUAGGUUUAGAUGACUGAACAGCUUUCCUUUCUUAAAACUCCGGAGGGCCAAACUGGAAACAGACAGUACUGUGAGAGGUCAUGCCUGAUGCAGUGUACUACCCAGGGGCCAUCUGUGCUUUGUUCCUUCCUUUUUGUUGAUUCCUACAAAGAUAGACCAACUUUUUAUGUCGGUUUAGGUAUUUGUGAGUUUUUUGGGCAAUUUUUAUAAAAGAAAAACUAUAUUCUCCUCCUAAAUGAAUUAACAACCUGGUUGUUUAUAGCCGAACUAUUUCAACAAUAAGCUGGAGUAAGAUUUUUAAGCCCACAGACAGCUUUUCCCAAAGUUGCUGGAGCCUAAGUGCUUAAAAAAGUCAUGAAAUCAUAUGAUCUGUAUACUGUGUCAUAGCUGCCACUGAGAAGCCAAAAAGAUGAUCCCGUCGAAUCCCAGCAAGUGACAUUUUUAGAAACGCUUUUAUAGACAUGCAUAGGCAAACGACUAUUACCUGACCGUUAUUUAUUUUCCGCAACAAAAGAAGUAAUACGAAACUUACAUUGUGUGUGGUUUUUUUAAAACUUUGUGUCCGGGCCGUUGUUUUAUAACUAAAAUAAAAUGAACACUGAAUACACGGUA